CAUCACCCUCCUCUACAAUCCAGUAAAGUGAUGCUCGGCGCCUCCUACUCGUUUCUCUCCGUGUUUCUCAGCAGCAGUCGGACUCUUCAUCUCUCCAUCCGGAGCUGCACUGCUGUCGGAUAUUUCCUCCUCAGCUCUGCUUUUACACUCGACCGUUUCUCAGAUGCUGCUCAGCGAAUCGAACCGCCGGAUUUCUCCCUCUUGAGUAUGAGAGGGACCGAUGACCCAUACGCACAGCAGAAGCAGAGCCAGCAGCAUGAGCCGCACCGCCGGACCCAGAGCAGAACUUUAAAUCAGAGCGGAGCGUCACAUUCCCGACACACGGGAGAAGCAGUUUCAGGUCUCCACAGAAUGGAGCAAGAAUGAGCAGAGUGCGGUCGAGAGUGAAGCAUGAACUGGAGGCUCAUUGAAGUCACUUACUUCCUGUUUAUAUGGAACCAUAUAACAGUUCAGUCUUCCCGCCAAGAGCCCUCGGCCAACGAGCAACAUGUUACCAAGCAGUUUGACUGGCUCAUCUCUGACCGUGGCCCUUUCCACCACUCGAAGGGGUACCUCUCCUUCAUGGAAAGAUUUCGCCAAGGAUUCACGACCCGGUAUAAAAUUUAUAGGGAGUUUGCACGUUGGAAGGUGAGGAACACGGCCAUCGAGAGGCGGGAUCUGAUCCGGAAUCCUCUGCCCUUGAUGCCGGAGUUUCAGCGCAGCAUGCGGAUGCUCGGACGACGGCCAUCAACGCAACAGUUCAUUGACACCAUCAUCAAGAAAUAUGGGACGCACAUCUUGAUCUCAGCCACGCUGGGAGGUGAGGAAGCUCUCACCAUGUACAUGGCCAAGAACAAGCUGGACAGGAAGAUGGUUAACGCCACCCAAGGAGUGGAGGCACUGCACCAGCUCGCCUCCUCAUACUUCAUUGACCGCGAUGGCACCAUGCGCAAACUCCACGAAAUACAGAUCUCCAGCAACGCCAUCAAGGUGACGGAGACGCGGACGGGUCCACUUGGCUGCAGCACGUAUGAUAACCUGGACUCUGUCAGUUCUGUUCUUCUUCAGAGCCCAGAGAGCAAACUCCAUCUGCAAGGUUUGCAGGUCAUUUUCCCCGAGUACCUUCAGGAGAAGUUCGUCCAGUCAGCUCUCAGCUACAUCAUGUGUAAUGGGGAGGGAGAAUACAUCUGCCAGAACAGCCAGUGCAUCUGUCAGUGCGCCGACGAGUACCCACAAUGCAACUGUCCCACCACUGACCUCCAGAUUAUGGAGAACACGCUCAUCGGCAUGGCAGAGACUUGGGAAGCGUCUUACAAUGACUUUGAGAACUCAGACGAGUUUAAGUCGUUUCUGAAACGUCUGCCUGCGACACACUUCCUUCCGGUGAGCAGCGUUCACCUGCUGUGGGGCAGCGACUGGGACCUUCAGAACCGCUACCGGAUCAUGCAGAGUUCACUGGAGGCCCAAAGACUGAAGAUCCAGCGAACAGCCCGGAAACUCUUCGGUCUGAGCAUUCGCUGCCACCACAACCCCAACCACCAGAUGCCCAGAGAGAGAUCGGUGCUACAGUGGCUGAACCGCGUGCAGUCAUUCCUCUACUGCAAUGAGAACGGCUUCUGGGGAACCUUCCUGGAGAGCCAGCGCACGUGCGUGUGCCACACGGGGGCUACCCUUUGCCAGCGCCCCAUCCCUUGUGUGAUCGGCGGCAACAACAGCUGUGCCAUGUGCAGCCUGGCCAACAUCUCGCAAUGUGGCUCCUGCAACAAGGGCUACAAGCUGUAUCGCGGGCGCUGCGAGCCGCAGAACGUGGACUCGGAGCGCAGCGAGCAGUUCAUCAGCUUUGAGACAGAUCUGGACUUCCAGGACCUGGAGCUCAAGUACCUGCUUCAGAAGAUGGACUCACGGCUGCACAUCCACACGACCUUCAUCAGUAACGAGGUGCGCCUGGAAACCUUCUUCGACCCGCGGUGGCGCAAGCGCAUGUCACUGACGCUCAAGAGCAACAAGAACCGCAUGGACUACCUGCACAUGAUCGUAGGCCUGUCCAUGAAGAUUUGCCAGAUGCGGAACAGCAGCGUGGACCCAAUGUUCUUCGUUUAUGUCAACCCAUUCAGCGGAAGCCACUCGGAGGGUUGGAGCAUGCCGUUCGGUGAGCAUGGAUACCCGCGCUGGGAGAAGGUGCGACUGCAGAACUCGCAGUGCUUUAACUGGACCCUGCUGUUGGGAAACCGCUGGAAGACCUUCUUCGAGACGGUGCACAUCUACCUGCGAAGCCGCGCUAAGGUGCCCACUGUCCUACGGAACGACACGGGCCACGGCCCGGUGGACUUAUCUGACCCCAACAAGCGGCAGAUCUACAUCAAGAUCUCCGACAUACAAGUGUUUGGCUACAGCCUGCGAUUCAACGCCGACCUGCUGAGGAGCGCCGUGCAGCAGGUCAAUCAGUCGUACACACAGGGGACCCAGUUCUACUCGUCCUCGUCCAUCAUGCUCCUGCUGCUGGACAUACGGGAGAGAAUUAACCGUCUGGCCCCUCCGGUGGCCCCUGGGAAGCCCCAGCUGGACCUGUUCUCCUGUAUGCUGAAACAUCGGCUCAAGCUCAACAACAGUGAGAUGAUCCGUGUGAAUCAUGCCUUGGACAUGUACAACACAGAAAUCUUGAAACAAUCAGACCACCUGACUACCAAACUUUGCUGAAAACACAAUUAGAAAGUAAAAUGUUGUACUGAGGACAAAGAAAAAAAAAAA